AUGACACACAAUAUCAAUAUUUACACCCACCCUUCUUCUCUCGGAGGCACUGGCCUCUUCGCAACUACUAAAAUCACACCUGGCCAGCUCGUCCUUAGUAUACCAGAGCCUCUCGUCACCGUCCCAGACGAUAUACAUCUUACGGAAUGCUGCAGUCGAUGUAUGCUGUGGAGACCUGCCGGAGGCGGGACUUCAAUGUUGAACUUAUAUGAAGAUGAGAGAUCUUUGAACUAUUGUACUGGCUGUAGAGUGGUAAAGUACUGUAGCAAGGACUGCCAAAGAGCCGAUUGGCGCGCGCUCCACAAAGUAGAAUGUGCAAUUUUUAAGAAGCUUCAUCCACGUAUACUUCCCGGAUCAGUUCGUGCUACAAUACGCAUGUUAUGGACCACUCCCGGGGAAGCAUGGAGUCAGAUAAAUUCGCUCGAGAGCCAUGAGAGCGAAUUGAGAAAGACUGACAAAUGGGAGAUGAUAACUUUAAUGGCCAAAGGAGCACAUGGAUAUUCUGGAACGAUUUUGGGGGAGAAGGAUGUCCGGGGGGUUUAUGCAAGGCUCUUGAUUAACAGUAUCACCCUCGUUAACUCUACAUUCGACCCAAUUGGUAUCGCCUUUGACCCCUUAGCAAGUCUGAUGAAUCAUUCGUGCGAUCCAAACUCGGUGAUGGUAUUCGAUGGCCGCACCGUUUCCGUCAGGGCACUACGGGAAAUCGCAAAGGAUGAAGAAAUAACAAUAUCUUACAUCGAUAACACUAAUCCGACUUCUCGUCGCCGUUCAGAGCUCCAGGGACGAUAUUUUUUUACAUGCUCAUGUCAGAAAUGUGUGUCACCCGCUACUUGCAGUGGAUUGAAAGAGGUCUUUAUCGAUAUUCCAGGUGUCACCACUUCUAAUCUCGAAGAGUAUGCCUGGGCGGCGAUUUCUACACCUUCGGAGGAUGUUUUGUUAAAAGCAAUAAGGGCCCUCCAUACGACGAAAUUAUGGCCUCUACAACGACAGCCACUGCCACUGCUGCAUCAUGAGCUCAUACACAGCGUUUACAUCCCUUUAUCGAAAUGGCCUCAAGCGCUACUUCACUCGCUGCUGCUAUAUUUAUAUGUUGACCCCAAAGGGUAG